CAAGCGCAAGAAAUACGGAGAUGGGUUGCUCCUCUUCGAUUCACCGACUGCUCUUUCUUUUGCUCUCUCUCACGCUUUCUCUUACUUAUCUUGUCGACGUAUAUGCUGGGAGCGAGGAUAUUGUUGGCGGCGGGAGUACCCAUUUGUACGGCAAGAUAUUGAAGGAUGAGGCCGUGGAGAGGCUCCAUGAACUUGGAGAGGUCAGCGAUGCUGAUGGAUAUCUUGAGAGGACAUUCAUGAGCCCAGCCUCUGUAAGGGCAGCAAAUCUCAUACGUCACUGGAUGGAGGAUGCCGGUUUGACCACGUGGAUCGACACGAUGGGGAACACACAAGACUGAUGGUUUUCUAUAUCUGUUCCCAUUCCUUGGUUCCCAUUUGGAUACCGUCAUUGAUGCAGGGAUAUUUGAUGGGUCACUAGGUAUUGUCUCGGCCAUAUCAGCUUUGAAGGUUUUGAAAGAAACUGCAAGGUUGGAGAAACUGAAACGGUCAGUUGAGAUCAUUGCCUUCAGUGAUGAGGAGGGAGUGAGGUUUCAGUCUACUUUUCUUGGCAGUGCUGCUCUAGCGGGUGUCCUUCCAGCUUUAGCUUUGAACACAACUGACAAAAGCGGUGCAACAUUGCAAGAUGCUCUUAAGCAGAACGCUUUUGCAAUUACAGAAGAAAGCCUACGACAACUCAAGUAUGAUCCGCAGUCUGUCUGGGGUUAUGUUGAGGUCCAUAUUGAACAAGGACUAGUCCUGGAAUGGGUUGGAUUUCCGCUUGGUGUUGUGGAGGGCAUAGCUGGGCAGACAAGGCUAAAGAUUACUGUGAGUGGCUCACAGAGACAUGCUGGAACAGUUCCCAUGUCCAUGCGUCAAGACCCCAUGGCUGCUGCUGCCGAACUAAUUCUGAGGUUGGAAACCAUUUGCAAGAAUCCUAAGCAAUUUCUAUCCUAUGACAGUCAGUGCAAUGAUGCAACUGUGGAAUCACUUUCCAAUUCCCUGAUUUGUACUGUUGGCGAGAUUUCCACUUGGCCAAGUGCAAGCAACGUCAUUCCAGGCCAGGUAACUUUCACUGUGGAUUUGCGUGCAAUGGAUGACAUGGGUCGGGAAGCCAUUCUGUAUGAAUUAUCUGAUCAGAUAUAUCAAAUAUGUGAUAAACGAUCCGUCUCCUGCAAUAUUGAUCGCAAGCAUGAUGCAAACGCAGUGCUCUGCGAUUCAGAGUUAACCUCACAGCUGAAGUUUGCAGCCAAUGCUGCAAUCGAGAGAAUGACAGGCGAGGUCCAAGACGAAGUUUCUGUCUUGAUGAGUGGUGCUGAGCAUGAUGCAAUGGCUAUGGCUCAUCUUACCAAGCAGGUCAGAAUGCUCUUCGUACGCUGCCGGGGAGGAGUUAGUCACUCUCCUGCUGAGCAUGUGUUGGAUGAAGAUGUCUGGGCUGCUGGUUUGGCCAUGCUCGCAUUUCUCGAAACUCAUAUGUAAAUAAGAAAUUUGUGUACAGAAUAACGAAGAAAGAAAUUGUAAUAUUGCUAUCUGUCACUUUUUCAUUUGUACGCAAUUCUGAGCCAGUUCAAGGUAUCACU